GAAUAGGGUUUAUCACUCCGAUCCGUCUCAUUAGUGGGACAAAUCCGGCAUGCCGUAUGCAAUUGUUACGUUUCCAAUUAGUUCGUUGGUGGAGAGAGGCGCGUGUGUCGACUCGACAAGCAGUAUUUCUUCCCUCUCUGUCCAGAGUGCUAGUAAAAGAUAGCAGUGUUCGCCUGAACCCUCGAGCACUGCUCCACUGCAUCUACAUCGCCGGCAGCAGCUGACGGUGGGUGCUGCACUGACAGUUAGUCCACCGACUGCGAGGCAGCGAUGCCAGGCGUUUAUACGACCGCUGCGAUUCAGAGCAACAGACAGAGCAGCCAGCCGGGAAGCCGAAAGUGCCCUCAGGUGACCAGAUGAGCGGGAAAGGCAGGGACGAAGUGAGGGGAGCGUCUCCGUUGAUUGAUCUCACCUCCCGCUCCCCUUCCCCCCUCGCACCUCCUGCAGCGGCAUAUGCUGGUUCUGUACCUGGGGGUAUCCAGAGAGCAGUACCGGUACAGCUGUCGACGUAUGCUCGACCUGCUACGACACGUGUUAACAAGGCAGCCCCUCCACACCCACACGACAACCACUCAUCAACUGCACAUUUGGGUGCCUCCAUAGCAAACGCCACUGCCUCCUCCACAUUUGCCUCGUCUUCUGUAGGGACAUCCCUACCUGAGCGAGAUGCUGGGGUUGUUGCAACUCCUCUCCAAAAAAGUCUGAGUCCUACGGCGUCGACGCAAAGUGUCCAAAGUACAGUUUCCGCAGAGGCAGGGAGCAAUUCAGUUCCUACUGUAACCAAUACGACCGUGGCGUCUGGCAAUGAAGCUCCUGGUGUCCCUGUGGUGGACGGUACCAGUACUCACCUCACUCCUGUCGCUCAGUCGGCCCCGCACGAUCAACCACAGGCAGUGAAAGUGCCUCCUCGCAGAUCACCAGUGCCAAGGGACGGGGCCAGGAUUCUGCCCCUCCCGCUCUCGUUGAGUACGUAAAUUCCCCUACGAACGGUUCCGAUACACCCCACGAGCCUCUUGCGCAAGUCAUGAGCGAGCCCCUGCAAUUUGGGAAUGAUUUAACCCCUCGCGAGCUCCCUUUGCCGUCUUCGCGACGUGGUACCGCUGCAGCAGUGACUGGUCAGAUACAGAGUGGUACUGAUGAGACCCCCGUUGAAGCUGCACCCAAUUGCUCUCAACAGACGACCACUAAUGCUAGUACACUCUCGGGACACCCUCCUAAAGUGGGUGUGGCCUCAAUACAAGUGGGCGUGGUGUCACCCGGCAACCAAACAAUGACGUCGACAGCGAUGACAACAUCGGAGGAAGAGUUCCCGAGACUGAGAAUGGCAAGUUCGGUGGGAGGGGAGGGGAGUGAGGGAGGUGGGGAUGGGGGAGAGGUGGAGGGAGGAGGGGAGAAGAGCGAGCAGGGAAGCUCUUCACCUCGGAGGGAAGUUGAAGAGGCAGAGGAGGAGGAGGAGGAUUCUGUGAUGCAGCUGAGGAUUGAAGACUCUGUCAUGGAGUUGGAGGACGGGGACGACGGAGAGAUGCAAUUCUCUCGGUCUCACGACGGCAGACAGCUGGGAGUGGGUGUGGUCUCGAGGAGUGGGGAGGGGGAUGAGGACUUGGUAAUGGAGACCGGUGCCCAUUCCAACAGCAUUGGAACGAGCCCGCCACCACCUCCUUCGCAAGUUGGGGUCAGAGUUCACAGGCAGGCUGGGGUGGGAAUUUCGGACGGGCGGAGUACGAGAGGGGAGGAGCCAAAUGGAGUAAAGUACCCCAAGCCACAGCACUACAGACCGAUGGGUUUCCACGGCAACGCCAACUCCCACCUGAUGAAAGGCUCUGUUGCCACGGUGUCUCCCUCGUUACUGCGAGACGACAGGGGUGGCAUGGACGAGAGGGUCGUGUUUGGUGGGGGGAGGGUCCUUAUCGGCGAGAGGGAGAAAGGGGGUGUGGUUUCCUCGACGGGGGACAACGGAGACAUUUUGCCGUCCUAUCGAGUGAGAAAGGUCGCGAAGGUCAAGCAGUUCUUCACGACGUUGCAACGGUUUGGGGACAGGCAGUCCAGCGAGGUGGCCGAACAAGUACAGGAAUUGAUCGCAGCACUUGUGAAUGGAACUGCCACAAUCGAGGAAUUUCACCAGGAAAUCCAGACGGUUACCAACCACCCUCUUCGCCAGUUUAUCAUCCCUUUCUUGAGAGAAAACUUGGAUCUGUUUCGAGAAGCUCUCCGUGACUCGGAGCAGGCGCUCUCUGACGUUCUCUUCCACCCUCCCUCCUCUUCCUCCUCCGCUUCAAUCGCCAUGACCCCACAAUUCAUAGACGAAGACCUCCCCGUCCUCCCCUCCUCCAAACCACCACUCACACCCACACUCUCCUCCCACACCCCCCACUCCUCCUCCUCCUCCUCCUCCCUUCCUCUGACUGCUGAACCAGCGGCUCACGCCUCCUUCAUCCACCACUCUGCUACUAACGCCACCACCAACAUACACCGAAGUGUCCACUCCCAGACCCACCCCCUACAUCCAGUCACCACGAUGAACUUUGACCCCGCACCAGACACAGAUUCUGCCCAGAAUUCCCCGAUUCCUCGCAAGAGAACCACCACCGAUAGAGCCUCAAUGCAGUCAGACAUUCACUCCACCAUUAUCACUGACAAGACACUGAAACGUCCCCGUCAAGACAUUAACCACGCCCAGCCGUCUGUUGCUGUAAAUACGGUUACCAUGCCGUCGAUCCGUUGCGGGCCUGUCCCCUCGUCGGGGGCGGGGUCUUACCCUCCUGUCCUCACCCCUCACCAGCAGCACACGUCGCACUCCCCGCACGAAGUCUCCCUAUCACACCCUCCCCACACUCCCACCCUCAUCGGGGGACACACACCCUCACAGGGCUUCCACCCCCUGCCCUCCAGGAAGCAGCUGCUGGCCGAAGACUGGUCCUACAUUGACAUGAUGUUGAACAGUGUGGUAGGGAUGGUGGAAAAGGGCCGCAAUGCAAUGGCCAUUCUCAGAGAACGAGCACUCAAUUCAAACUCUGACCUCGAAAGGAGAGAGCAGGAGCAGCAGAAGAUAGCAGAGGCGACUGAGAAAGCUCGUCGUCACUGGCAGGAGCAGAAGAUCCACCUCCAGAGAGAGGCCGCGCGCAAGCUGAAAGAGACUGUUGCCCAGGUGAGGGGAGAGAUGGAGCAGAAGAUGGCACAGGCCCAGUCUAUGGCAGUGCAGGAAGCUCUCAAGGAGGCCAAUGCACAGUCCAACAGCAAAGAGGUUGUACAUGCAUACGUACGUACGCCAUAAAUCAGCAAAGAGAGAGGAACGCCGUAAGGGGCUUCUCCACACUUGAAAUUUGCAAGAAGUGCAUAAGUUAAAGGCAGCGGGAUUUUUCCUCUAAUGCUGGUUGGUAUGCGAUUUUGAAUGCUCCAUUAACUAGUCUAAGGAUAGGGAGGAAGGGAGAUGGGGAAAUAAGGAGGGGAAAUGGAGGAAGAAGGAGGGGAAGUGGAGGAAGAAGAAGAGAGAUGAAGAAGUGCGUAGAGUCAGCAUUCUAAUUUCCCCAGAGUUGCUGGAACUGUGGGCGACGUGCGACUGAGACGUGCAGCGGAUGCAACAAGGCCCGUUACUGCGGGACAUUCUGCCAGCACAAGGACUGGGGGAGCCACAUGCAUCAGUGCGCCUCUGGCAUUGCUGGUAUGGCUGACGAUCGCUCAGGCAGUACGUCUUCGGCUGGUACAACUCGCGUCAUCAUCCAAUCAGGCGAUGCGCAUAUGACAUCGUCCAUAGCAACAGAGGAGCCCCCUGACAUCAAGCCAAGAAUAUCACCGGAGCAACUAAUGGCCAUUCCCCAGAUCACUGUCCGCUAUCCCAUGACAUAAUAAUGACAUCGCCACAUAAUAAUGAUAAUAAAGGACGAAGACAGGGAAAAUGCAUACAUGACAAUGUGUGUAUAUUGUACUAGCUGUCACCAGUAUACCUUUUGCUGCAUGUAAAAUUAUAACUGAAGGGCCCUCCCUCUCGUUAAUAAUACUGGUUCAUAGAGGGAGGAGUGUGCAUAUAAUAUAGUUUUUGUUUCUUCUUUCAAAAUUUUGAGUUUAUUAUUGGAUUUUUUCAACUCACAAACCUCGUUUUGUUCACACUGAAACUUGAAAUCAUUAUUGUUAAUACAAAAACAGCACUUGAUGCUCAUUGCUAAUGCUUGAUAUGUUAUUAUACAACAAUAACAUAGCUAAUUGAAUACAUGGAAAUCAGCGGUGAAUGAAAUAAACAUCAACACUACAAUAAUAUACCAAUGUUCGUUGCUAUAGUACUAACUACUGUGGGACGAAUGGUAGUAAUAAAGGAGGUUAUAUAUGAGGUAUAGGUCCAAGUUCUAAUGAGGUGUAGUCAUGUGAUCUACAUCGGCUCCUGUCCCGGGUCAUGUGAUAUAGACUGGUGGGCGGGGCUUCCAACAUCCGCAGCCCCUCCCCCCAACAUCUGGAAUCGGUUGAGUCUGUAAUACAUCCCCUUGUUCCCGAGCAACUCGACGUGCGUUCCUUCUUCGAUGACUUUUCCUUCAUUGAUCACGGCGAUGUGAUCGGCGUUGUAGAUGGUUGAGAGUCGGUGGGCGAUGACGAUGCAAGUCCGGCCCUCCCUGGCCUUGUCCAGAGCCUCCUGAACUAUCUUCUCACUCUCCGUGUCCAGGGCCGAGGUGGCUUCGUCCAGGAGGAGGAGUUUCGGGUCUCGGAUCAGCGCACGGGCGAUCGCGAUCCUCUGUUUCUGCC